UAUCCGAUUUAGUCGCCAUUGUUGAUUGCGAAGAUUAGGUUUUUUUCGAUUUAUUUGAGCUGUUGUUGUUUGCUUGUCUGCUUGAUGAGGAAUUUGAAUCGAUGGAAGCAGAUAUAUAUAGGCAUUGGACAGGUGAGAGACGACAUUUCGAGAGAGAGCUCGUGGAAGUAACAAGCCACGGAGAUGAUGUAGAAAGAUGGCGAAGUCUCAAACAAGUACCAGAGACUUCUGGAUUCGCCGGGAUCCGGAAGACGAGAGAGAAGGGGAAGCCAUGAAAGAAGCUAAGCAGAAGAAGCUGGAAACCUCCAUUGGGGUAUCUAGCAAUGGUUCGAUAUCAGCGCUGGGUGCGUUUUCUGUUUACUUGAUGACUGAAUUGUUUCUGGCCGUCGGAUUCUGGGUGGCUCGAUUCAAAUUUUCAGUCGAUCUCGUCUCUGAUCCAUCUCUGACUCUGUUUCUUCUCUGGAGUAUUGAGUUUCCGGUUGUGGUGAUCAUCUACAGCUUUCUACGGAAAGACCCAGAGAAAUGUUCGUGUUCUAAGGCUGUUGGGCGAAGCAUUUUAGGACUUUUUUCAGGGGCUUUUAUGAAUGCUCUGGGAGCGGUUGCUUUGGGUGCACCAAUUGGAGCGCAAUAUCUACCAAAAACAAUUCACUGGUCCUUUCUUAUGUCUGUUUUCACGUUUGUACCAGCAACUGUAGUAUUUGGUGCAUCAUUGACAGAUUGGCAUCGUGUAUUCGCUUCCGUGAAACCUAGUGGAAAUAUAGAGUAUAUGAUCCUUGUUCCAGCAUAUGGAGCAAUUAUUGGAGGAUGGUUUGGAGCUUGGCCUAUGCCGCUUGACUGGGAAAGGCCAUGGCAGAGAUCAUGGACAAACUCUGUCGGAUGUCGUGGCGAGCGGUUAUUGGCUGGAAAGGUCUCAUUUGGGCCUCACUCUCACAUGAAUGUGUUCAAUGCUGCGAAAGUGCGUGAGCUCCGUGUCUGAAACAUAUGGUAAAACGCCGUAAAAAGAUGGCAUACCCGAAAAGGGUGGUGUGGUUACCAUUUACUUGCAUUUCUCAUUUAUAUCUCGCCCUCAUCCUUCUCUUUUUUUUUUUGUUUUUUUUUUUUGUCAACUUCUCUCUUUCUUUUUAAUAGACAUGACAAGACUGUUAACAUUUUGAUUGGUUUGAAGUUUGUAGACAAAAAAAAUAUCAUAUCAGUAAACGGUCUGACUGUUAAAUGAUGGCAUGUAUUGACUGAUAUAAGAGAACUUAGAUCA